GCCAAAACGCGCGCGCGGCCCUGUCCUCUGGAGACGGUUCUCGCCACGGACCCUCGCGGUUUCAUCUCAAAUCCCAUUUGCUAUUGUACCUGCCCAAUAGCAGGGGCAGGGCGCGUUUUAACUCGGCCGGCAUUUUUUUGUUUCAUCACAACAAUCCGACGCAAGUUUGACGCAGCGAUCUCUGCGCUCGCGCUCCGAUCGUCCGCCAGAAGCGGCUUUUUAAGUUUUCUCCCGUCUUCGCUGAAUAUUCUCGCCCGAAAGGAAAGAGCGACACAUCUUUUAUGCGUAUCCGCAUCACCUUAAUGCAUUUUUGAUGGUGAUCCACAUCGGACUGUAAACGGUGAUGGCAGACUCGGGGGCGCAAGAGACUCGCCAAACUGCAAAGGACUCGCCGUUCUCCAUCAAGAACCUGCUGAACAUCGAAGACAAACCUGCGAAGCCCAGGAGCUUCGUCGGUCCGUCCAAAGGAGUGUUUGACGGCAGCUUCUUCUCUCGGCUCGGUGAUUUAUCUUUUCCUCGAUUUGAGCUGCCGACCCAGAGACUAGGACUAUCAGCGCAAUAUUUGGAGAGAGCGUCUACCUGGUGGUACCCGUACACACUAGGAACCCACCUGAGGACUGGAGGAUCUGAAAAGGCCACUUUGAGAGAACUGUCGCCGACGCCGGACGGGCGCUCGCCGGACGUGCACAAAAGUGACCAGGAUGCGAAGGAGGAGAGCGUCGACGACGAUAUCACGCUGGACGACAGUGACGCGGAGGAGCCAAAGAAAGAGACGGAGCAGGAGGACGAGUGGGGAAGGAAAGCGGACGAGGUGGACUCCGAGAAGAAGCCGUGUCGAAAGAAGAAGACGCGCACGGUUUUUUCCAGGAGCCAGGUGUUCCAGCUGGAGUCCACCUUCGACAUCAAGCGCUACCUGAGCAGCUCCGAGAGGGCGGGCCUGGCCGCGUCCCUGCACCUGACGGAGACGCAGGUCAAGAUCUGGUUCCAGAACCGCAGGAAUAAGUGGAAACGGCAGCUGGCCGCGGAACUGGAGGCGGCCAACCUGAGCCACGCGGCGGCCCAGAGGAUUGUGCGCGUGCCCAUACUUUACCACGAGAACGGAGCCCCAGAAACGACCGGGAGCAGCGCAUCUAACUCAUCCGGCAGCCAGUCGCUCCUGGCGUUCCCCCACCACAUGUACUAUUCUCACCCAGUCCCACUGCUGAGACCUGUUUAACGCUGACUGCCAUCAUGCUCUGUAUAUAUGUUUUUAAAUGAGAGUGAUCUUCAUUGAAAAAGAAAGUUACACUUUUAUAUAUUUUGUAGAUUGAACUGACACAACGUUUCAAUAUUAUUAUUAUUAUUAUUAUUAUUAUUAUUAUUAUUAUUAUUAUUAUUAUUAUUAUUAUUAUUAUUAUUAUUAUUAUUAUUAUUGGUGGUCACUGUUAUUAUUAUGAGUAAAAUUGUUACAUACUAAAAAUGGGUGGAGAUAUUUUAAUGUAUUUUGUUCAAAGCACAGGGUUGUAUGUAUUUUACAGAGUUUUGUGUCAGUGUUUGUAGCAAAAAAUGUGGAAUUUAAUAUUUUGAUAUUUUUCAAUAUGUGCAAUACUGUUGGCUUCAUGUUCGGUUUUUAGCCUAUGUCAAUUAUAGUACACUUUUACAGAAUAAUAACCAUCCUUUGCUCUUUGUAAUAGUGAGGACAAUCAUGUGAUCCUUUAAAAAAUGUUCAAAAGUCUGCAGAUAAUUGACGGUGAUACAGGUGAAUUUUAAAGCCAUGAAAAAGCCCAAAACGCCCUCUGUUCUGUGUACAGUAUGAUUUACUCUGAUAUUGUUAUUAAAGUCUUGUAUAUUAUAUG